AUGCAGUCGACGUCCCGUAUUGCUCUCCGCCCGCUGCUACGCGCUCGUCGCACCCUUGCAACAGCCACUGCUGGUCACGCACCUACUUCCACGCACUCAGAGCCGGCCAAGCAUGCUGCUGCCAUUCCGCUAUCCAACAUCGAAGCGCAGUGGGCCCUCCUCUCGCCAGACGAGAAGUCCUCUGUUGCUGAGCAGCUAGAGGUGAUCCAGAAACGUGACUGGAAGCUCUUGUCUCAGGACGAGAAGAAAGCUGCGUACUAUGUUGCCUUUGGUCCCCAUGGCCGACGCAAGCCCAUCCACGAAAAGGGCGACGGCUUCAAGAUCUUCCUCUCCGUCUCGGCUGCCGUUGCUGUGUCUGGCGUUCUCUUCUACACCAUCCGGAGUAUUUCCCCGCCGUUACCCAAGACCAUGUCGAAGGAAUGGCAAGAGGCCAUGAACGAGCGUGCCCUCGAACAAAAAAAUGAACCCCAUCACCGGUAUCGCUUCCGAAGGAUACAAGGGUCCGGGCUUUGUGCAAUCCAAAUAGAGUACUCCAUACCGGAUCUUUUUUAA